GUUUAUUUACAAAUAAUAAAAAUGCUGCGACCCUCGUUUACAGUAUUAUUUUCCGGUGCAUUUAUCGGCUAUAUUAUUUACUCGAUUUACGGCAUAUCAUUAUUAUUUACACCACCAUCAUGUGAACCUGGGAAAACCUGCAUCAAAUCAUUUUUAAAUGCCGAUCCUCAGUUACAACUUUAUCUUUUUACUUCUCCAUCAAGUAAACCUCUGUCCAACGAUGCUUCACUUGUUCAUUCGAUGUUGAAUUUUGAUUAUACUAUUCCUCAUACAAUGCCGCUGAGUUUAGAAAUUCCAGUAAAGACUCGGAAUAACGGUACCUUAUUUCUCCAUGUAAUAAUUGUACCAAAAUCGAAAAUUCGUGGAAAUUCAUUCAUUGAAUUGCUCAAGGAUCCGCAUGCAGUGUAUACGCGUAUAAAAAUGACACAAUUUGCGAUCCCACAAGCAGAAACUUUUAAUUUGCUUGGUGACAAAAAAUCACCCGACGCUUCAAAAAUAAAAAAUAAUAAAAUAAAGACUGUUUCUCAUUUACGUACGCGUAUUACUUUUACAUUAGUGACUGAUACGCCAGAACUGCCCGUUAAAAAUAUACCAGCAGAACUUGUGCCAAAUAUAAGAUUAAUUGGAAAUAAUAUGUUUCUUCCAAUAAUUAAUUAUGACUUUUUACAAACACGCUACAAAGAUCUUGAAACAAUUGUUGGUGACAGACGUUUCAUGAAUGUGACAGUAAUGUACACACCGAUAUCAAUGGGAAAAUUAAGAUUGAUAUUACAUGUUAAAACAGCUAUGGAAGGUUUGAAAAAUUUAGGAUUCUCAGAAAAAGAUGUUGAUGAAAUACCAACUUUCUGGCGGAGUAAAGGGAGCUUUGAAGGCCUCAGUGUUUCUACAAUAGUAUGGCGAGCGUUUAGUCAAGCGAUUAUAUUUUUCUAUCUGCUUGACGAAGGAUCGUCUUUAUUGGUACUGAUUCCCGCAGGAAUCGGAACUUUGAUCGAGCUCUGGAAAACUAAAAAAGUACUGCGAUUAGAAAUAGUUAGAUCUGGUGGAAUAAUUCCGAAAUUGAGACUGCAAAAAGAUGGCAAAAGUCAUGAAGAAGAAUCAAAGACACGCCAAUUUGAUGCUGAGAGCAUGAGAUAUUUAACUUAUUUACUUUACCCUCUUGUUAUUUCCGGUGCUAUUUAUUCACUGAUUUACCAACCACAUAAGAGUUGGUAUUCGUGGAGUAUUAAUUCCCUAGUGAAUGGUGUGUACGCAUUCGGAUUUCUUUUUAUGCUUCCUCAAUUAUUUGUCAACUACAAGCUCAAAUCAGUUGCUCAUUUACCAUGGCGAGCCUUUAUGUACAAAGCAUUCAAUACAUUUAUUGACGAUGUAUUCGCAUUUAUAAUAACAAUGCCAGUUGCUCACAGAGUUGCUUGCUUCCGAGAUGAUAUUAUUUUCCUCAUUUAUUUAUAUCAAAGAUGGUUGUACCCAGUUGACAAGAACCGUCGAGACACUGUGACUAUAUCCGAAGACUUGAAUCCAUCGGUUGUUGAAAAUAAAUCCGUGGAUAAGAAAAAUAAUUGA